GUUCCAGGCUGGUGGGGUUUGGGGGAGAUUAGUCCACGCGGUUUCAAGGACUUGAUGGGCACAUUAAAAGUGGACGGUUUUUGAAACUGGAAGGAGAACAUUUACAGACAGGAAUCUUCUAACAAACAUUGUGAAAAUAGUGACUUAAUUAACUGGGAUUUAAAUAACCAUAAAUUGAAAAAUGUUUGUCUGUCCUGUCUGUAUCAAAGGCUUAACAUCAAGUUGACUGGAAAUGCAGUGAGACACUCUCCCACCCCUGUGUAAGAAUCUUCCAUUGAACUGUCUGAAACAGCUACAAUCAGUCAUGUGACCUGCCAAACACACUGCAUUGCGUGUGUGUGGCUAGAGUUGAUUAUUGUACUUUCAGAGACACAAGAACUUCCUCCGUAUGGAGAAACCGUGGAAGUGUGAGGACUGUGGAAAGGGAUUCCAGUCCUUGUCGACAUUGGAAUUUCAUCGACGUGGCCACAACAGAGAGUGGCCAUUCACUUGCUCGGAAUGUGGGGAAGGAUUCCCUGACAUGUCUGCCCUACGGAAACACCAGCGUGCUGCCACGGGAGAGAGACCAUUCACCUGCUCUGAGUGUGGGAAGAAAUUCCGUGAAUAUUUCACCCUGUUGAGCCACCAGCGAGCUCACGCUGGCAAGAGUCCAUGUACCUGCUUGGACUGUGGAAAGGUAUUUACUCAGUUCUCCAGUCUGCAGACACACCAGCGAGUUCACACUGGAGAGAGGCCCUUUAUCUGUUCCGAAUGUGGGAAAGAGUUCACUCAGUUAUCAAGCCUGCAGAGGCACCAGCGAAUUCACACUGGGGAGAAACCAUUCAAAUGUUCCAAAUGUAAGAAGCCAUUCAGAGAUUACUCUGGUCUACAGAAACACCAGCGAGUUCAUACUGGGGAGAGGCCAUACGUGUGUUCUGAAUGUGGGAAGGGAUUCACUCAGUCAUCCAAUCUACGAAAACAUGAGCGAACUCACAAACCUGCAUCCAGUCCUGCUUGGUCGUACUUCUGCGGAGAUGGAGCCCUCUUGUACCAGGCCGCGUGCGUUCAUUCUGGUGUCCCUUGGAGCUUGACAGCUGGCCUGGUUGAGAGCAAGAUCAGCCGCCUUCUCGAUUUAAAUUGUCCCCUGACAGCCAAUACGGUGGCUGCCAAUAUACAUGGAUCCAGCUUCCCCAAAGAAGGCACCAAUGAAGAGCCCCACAGUUUAUGCUGCUUGCAGUACACUGCACCUUGUUCAUCUUCCACCUGCCAUGCCACAGGAUCCUCCUCCAGUAUGCGGAUGAUCUGCUCAUGCAUGCAGGAUACGGUGGCCUUGCUCUGCUGUCUGGCACAGGGUGACUAUCGAGAAAAUGCAGCUUUGUCAGCAAAACGUCCAACACCUGGGGAGACUGGGAUUGAAUUCCCCACCGGUGAGUUGUUGCGCACCUUUGAUAUCCCUGACCCUGGACCAGGUAUUACUGCCAGCUACCCCAGAUAUUUGAAACAACAUCUCCCAACAGGCUUAUGGGGCAAACCACAAGGCAGGCUCUUUGGGGGUUGGCCAAAGCAUCGCCCCGCCUCUCAUUAUCUCGGAUUGGUUGGAGGAGGGUCCGGUUCAGCCCCGUCGUUAAGCCGCGGCCCGCGACUUCUUCGGACUAAAGCUGACGUCAUGACGCCGGGAUCCUCUGUGACGUCAAGCGAGACGGAGGCGGAGACGGUGCGUGUUGUAGAGGGACGGAGCCGGCGGCAGGCCAGGGGAGCAUGCCCUAGCAAUCGUAUUCCUCUCUUACACUCGGGAGGAGAAUGUGAGAGAAGAUACAAAGACACCAUCACCAUGGAGAAACCAUGGAAAUGUGAGGACUGUGGUAAAGGGUUCAAUUACCCAUCCCAGCUGGAAAUCCACCGACGAGUUCACACUGGAGAGAAGCCAUUCACUUGUUCUGUGUGUGGGAAAGGAUUUACUCAGACAACCAAACUCAUGUCUCACCAGAGAAUUCACACCGAGGAGAGACCAUUCACCUGUCCAGAGUGUGGGAAGGGAUUUACGCAGACAUCCUGCCUCAUGUUACAUCAGCGGAUUCACACUGAGGAGAGACCUUUCAGCUGCACUUACUGUGCAAAGAGGUUCAUGUCUUCGUCUGAUCUGAAUAUACACCAGCGUGUUCACACUGGGGAGAAACCAUUCAACUGUUCCGUGUGUGGGAAGAGAUUCCCUCAUUCAUCUGGCCUUCGAUCACACCAGCGAGUUCAUACUGAGCAGAAACCAUUCAGCUGCACCACAUGUGGAAAAAGUUUCCGACAUUCGUCUGCCCUGGUUGAACACCAGCGAGUUCACUCUGGGGAAAAGCCAUUCACCUGUUCUGUGUGUGGGCAGGGCUUCACUCAGUCGUCCAGUUUGCUGAGACACCAACGAGUACACACUGGAGAGAAGCCAUUCAGCUGCACUUCCUGUGGGAAAGGUUUCCGGCAGUCAUCCACCCUGACUGCACACCAGCGAAUUCACACGGGGGAGAAACCGUUCACUUGCUCUGCAUGUGGAAAGGGAUUCACAGUUUCCUCCGCACUCGAGUCACACCAGCUAAUUCACACAGAGGAGAAGCCAUUCAACUGCACUUCCUGUGGGAAGAGUUUCAGGUGUUCAUCCUCUCUCCUUGCACACCAGCGAGUUCAUACUGGAGAGAGGCCAUUCAUCUGCUCUGUGUGUGGGAAGGGAUUCACUCGGUCCUUCAACCUAGUGACACAUAAGCGAGUUCACAAGUGAAUCUCAAUAAUCUGUAUACUGUUGAAGUUCAAGGAGGAAACUCUCCAUCAUCUUCAGGCCCAGCCAGUGAUUUCCAUAUCUUGUGAAAGAAUUGGAUUCUGCUGUUAUUGCUAUUGUUGAUCACUUCCAAGAUUGACAGUCUGACAACAUUUAGAUUUGUUUCAAUUGAUGUUAACACUCCUAUAACUGGCUAGAGUUUGGUAAUUUGGAUAUGUUGCUGAUUUUUGGGACUGCAGUGCCCCUUUUUAAAAGCACCAACAGUGAUCCUGGAUUUGAGAUCCGUGUUUGGAGAGAGGAACAUAUCCUGUACAUGGGAAAACACAAAAUUGUCAAUUUACAAACAAAGCUGACAAAGGGAAAACACCAAAAACUCUGUCUAACAAAGCUUCCAGGGCCAAUUGCUCCUUUCUUUGCCCUCUACUGCACGGAUUGACAGCAUCA